AUGGCCGUCCUUCAUCGCCUUUUCGACACGGCAAUCCACGAGAAUUCUGGGGUCGCCGAUAUACAGAAAUUUCAAUAUUUGUUAGCCUCGCUGUCGGGAGAGGCUCUUGGCGUCGUAAAGAACCUGCCGUUGACCGCGGAGAAUUACGUGAUCGCGUACGAUGCGCUUCGGGAGCGCUAUCAAAACAAGCACAAUUUAGCCACGCAGUAUUGGCGCUCGUUUGUACACGCCAAACCUUUGGUCGCGGAUACCGCCGAAUCGCUCCGCGCUUUGUUGGACGUGUUCACCGAGAACACGCGCGCCCUGCAAACGAUGGGAUAUCCGGUGGAGGCGUGGGAUUUUGUGCUACUGAACCAUUUGUUGGAGAAGCUCACCCCUACGCUACGGGAGAAAUUCGAGGCGACCCAUAUGUCCGCGGAACCACCCCGGUAUGAACAAUUGACAACGUUUCUAGCGGGAUAUUGCACGGUGCUCGCGGCGGUGUCGGACGCUUCACCGCAGUCAAACAAAUCGAAAGCGCAGAAUCAGUCGUCGAAGAGGCCCGCGUCGACGACACAGCUCGUCGCGCGGAACGCCGCGUGCCCCGAAUGUGAGGAACAGCAUCUACUGGCUAGGUGCCCCGAGUUCUUAAAACUCUCGCCCAAAGACCGACACAACUUCGCUCACGAAAAAGAACUCUGUUUAAACUGUCUCCGUGCAGGACAUAAUCUGAUGAAUUGCCCUAGCUCGUGGACCUGCCGGUCUUGUCAGGCGAAGCACCACACUCUCCUGCAUUUCGAGCAGGCCAGCGUCUCGCCCCCCGCGAACGCUCCGGCGGCUACUCCGGUCGACGACCCCGCGGCGCCUGGGGAUAGAGGCGGAAACUAG